AUGGCAGACGAACCAAGACUUGGAUAUGAUCCAGAGCACCCAAUCCGUCUAUAUUGUGAUGGGGUUUUCGAUUUAUUUCAUUUUGGGCAUGCAAGAAUGCUAGAACAGUGCAAGAAGAAAUUCCCUUACGUCUAUCUUGUAGUUGGUGUUACAGGAGAUGAGGACACUAUUAAAUACAAAGGGAAAGUAAUUAUGAAUGAAUAUGAAAGAUCAGAGACGGUUAAGCACUGUAAAUGGGCAGACGAAGUCAUUUGUCCAAGUCCAUGGGUCACCACUGUAGAAUUUUUAGAUAAGCACAAUAUUCGAUAUAUUUGUCAUGAUGCGAUACCUUACACGCAAGGUUCCGAUGAAACUGGUGACUGCUAUUAUGAAGUGAAGCAAGCGGGGAGAUUUUUGGCCACGGACAGAACUGAUGGUGUUUCUACGAGUGACUUGGUGUUGAGAAUUAUCAAGGACUAUGAUGAUUAUGUGGUAAGGAAUUUGUCUAGAGGCUACACUCCUGAGCAGCUAGGAUUAAAGCAUUGGAAGUCAAAUGUUGUCCUUCUAAGACAAGGCUGGGAAAAAAUUAAGGAAUGCAAGAAACCAGCCCAAAAACAACCUGAAUCUCAAGAAGGGGCAGAAGAGGCGAAGCUAAAUUAA